CGGAAGUGCGCGUGCGCACAGGCGAGGCGCGCCCCCGGCGGCCGUUGAAAAAUGGCGACUGUCGCCGAGUUGAAGGCCGUUUUAAAGGACACUUUGGAAAAAAGAGGAGUAUUAGGGCAUUUAAAAGCAAGGAUUCGUGCGGAAGUUUUCAAUGCCCUUGAUGAUGAAAGUGAACCUCGGCCAUCAUUGUCUCAUGAAAACUUUCUAAUUAAUGAACUAAUUCGGGAGUAUUUGGAAUUCAACAAAUACAAGUAUACAGCGUCGGUCCUCAUAGCAGAAUCUGGUCAACCUGUAGUUCCACUGGACAGACAGUUUCUCAUCCAUGAACUAAAUGCAUUUGAAGAUUCAAAGGAUAAUACAAUACCUCUUUUAUAUGGGAUUUUAGCUCAUUUCUUGCAUGGAACUAAGGAUGACAACCAAAAUACAUUUCUGAAAGGGUCUUCAUUCCAGCCUCCAAACCCAAAUCUUGGCAGACAACCUAGUGGAAGAAAGCAAAUGGAAGACCACUUGCGGAAGGAGCAGGGGAGGGGCACUGAUACUGAAAACCUGCACACUUCUCCCUCGGUGAAGAGAUGACACUUCCAACUGGGGCAUCUUUUAUCUUAAACUUGUAUGUAUUAAAUAACUUAUUUAUUCGCCCAAUAUUACCAGAAUUCAUCGCUAGUAUUGUACUUUGUAAAAACAUGAAGUUUCUACAAAACCCUCAUGUUUUACUGCAUUUGUGAAUAAAAGCUAACUCUGUCA